UAGAUUUAUAAUGAGAUCCAAAAAUAAUCCCCGAUAAACCGCGCGUUCGCGGGUGGUGCCGUCCAUCUAUAACUGGAUCUACCUUUCAGCUACUCCGCACCUCUAGACUAUGAUCUGAUAGUAAGGUGUACGAGACCAGGUCAUCUUUCUCCAUCACGCCAUGGCCGACAUAUACGACCAGGUACCACUAAAAUCCCACGAUAGCAUCAGACUCCUAAAACUCCUGCCCGCUUCAUCUACCGCGGACCGGGUCAAGUUCGAGCUCCUGGAAGCUACUCUAGAUCGAUGUCCAGUUUUCAAAGCUGUGUCGUAUUCCUGGGAUGGCCAAAAGCCUACAGAGGAAGCGUUUUGCUCGGGAACCCCUAUCCGCGUCACGCCCAACUGCAACAAUGUAUUGCAACACCUAGCAGCGAACUCCGGUGCCCCUUCGCUAAUAUGGAUCGACGCUAUAUGUAUCAAUCAGUCACCUGAAGCCGUGAUCGAGCGCAACCAGCAGGUAAGCAUCAUGGGCGAUAUCUAUACCGCCGCGGAAGAGGUAGUCGUCUGGCUAGGAUCCAAGAUAGAACCGGCCUGGGAAAAGACAUUUCUCGAUCUAUCCAACUUCGCCGACGCGAAUCUUUCUUCCGGAGACGAAAAUUAUUUAGAAAAGAUCCUUGAAUUGGCUAGCAAGAUCGACACCAAGACCCUCAACGAUAUUUUCUGGGGAAUAACAUGGUUCAGCCGAGUCUGGGUCGUGCAAGAAGUAUCCCUAAGCCGCAAAGCCACAUUCCUAUACGGUCGAGUAACCCUCAAAUACUUCCACCUAAUCAAGUCGUGGUCCGAUCUAUACAGCACGCAAAAAGGGAUCAGCCUCGUCCAAAACCUCAACCAAACCCUCUACAACGGAUUCGGGACGCACAUCGUAUCCCUGCGAGGCCCAAGACGCGCCCUCGCCAUCACCGAAGGCUACGACACCAUAGAAGAGCUGUUCCGCCAAGCAAGCCGGCUCUUGGCCACCGAGCCCCGGGAUAAAGUCUACGGUCUGCGUGGACUGCUAGUUAGUUACGGCAUCCCGCUCCCGGACGCGGAUUACAGGAAGUCGAUAGACAGCAUAUUCCUAGAAACCACCAAGGCGAUAAUGACGUUCAACAGACGCCUAAACGUAGAAAGUUGCCACUACACCUCCGACACCUGGCCCUCCUGGGUUCCGAAUUGGGCGAACUCGCUACCGCCCAUAACGCCGAAGGGAGACUACCACGCGAACAAGGGCUCCAGCGCCUCAUUUAAUUUCGUCGAUCUCCCCAACGGAUCAAUCGGAGUGCGCACCACAGCCACCAUAAUCGGAAGCGUCUCCUCGUCCCUCGGAACCUGUCUGCUGGGCCGAUACCGCACACCCGAAGCCCUCAAAACCGACACCGUCCUAACCGGAAUCGAACAACAAAUCGCGCCCGAAUGGACAUCCAAGCGACUAGCCGCAAACGACGACAUAUCCAAAUACCUCGCCGUGUACAACAUCCGCAUACUUCGCCUCGCCCUCUCAUACAUGGAGCGCGAAAGCAGCGGGUACGACACCUGGCGUGAAGACCUAUACCAAAUCGUCAUCAACCAAGCGUCGAUGGACGAGAAGCUCGACAUGCGGCGGCCAUUCACGAAAUGGCUCGACAUCCUCAGCGACCUCCCUCACAAGCGCCUACAAAACCCCGGGGUGUUAGCUGAUAUCAACGAUACCCCGGAGAUGGAGGUAUACAACCGAAUCUCAGCAUCCGACACCAUCUCCGAGCUGCACGAGCUAUUCACCGCAGCGACGUACUUCUGGACGUUUUUCAAGACGGAUUCGGGGGCGUUUGGGGCAGGUGCCUAUGGCAUCACGAGCGGGGAUAAGGUGGCGUUGAUAGCGGGGACGUGCAUGCCUGCGAUAGUAAGACAUGUCCGUGGGGAUAAUUACCGCAUUAUUGCUCCGGCGUUUGUUUGUGGGAUCAUGCAGGGCGAGGCUUGGCCGAAGGAGAAGGAGAGGCUGGGGAGUAUUGUGAUUAUCUAGUUGGAUAGUUAUCUCGAUAGUAUUAGCAAACGACUUUAUUAAGGUCAUAAGGAGCGAUGCUUACCUCAAAGCCAAUAAACCAGUCCCAAACAAUCGGAGUCUAAUCACAUAAACCCAACAAUACC